ACUCAAAAGAUCUCGAUCAUAACAACACAACACAAGACUUUCCAAUCCAACAAGCCAACAAACCAACAAGCCACUUACCUACUACAGAUCAUCAUGACAGCGGCGGCCAAGCAACGAAGAAGUAAAAACGAAAAGGGGGCACCUACCGAGACGACUAAUUCAGCGGAAGAACAGCUGGAGUUAGCAAAGGGCAAGGUCCUACAGAGUCUAGCCACCGUCGCUGAGUUGCACGGGAAAUGGAAACUCCACUUGCUUCGAAUGUCCUACAUGGUGAUACUCAUCACGAUUCAUCAAUGGCAGGGACCCAUGACGUAUUGCCUGUACGAUGUCAAGUCCUACAACAAGUCUCUGACUCCUCUGGAUAACGACAAUUUGAGAAUUUCGGGAUAUCGAGCCAUGUAUUAUGUCCUCAACGAUACUCUUUGCGAAUUUCUGGGUUUCGUCAUGGGAAUCCUCUGCACGCUCUUUCUCAAUCAAUUAUACAACGAGGCAACGGUGGUAGUGGUCAACGGCAGACAACAACCCACCGAUUCCUUUUUCACCAAUUACUACUACAUGUUUAGUACGGGAUUGGUACCACCCGUCCUAAACUUUUAUUUUCAUAGAAGCAAAGCCAAUGCCACCAAAUCCUGCAUCGACGCCGUGGCGGGCGCGGAUGGAUUGUGGACAAGACAUGCACAAGAAGAUGAGGUCAUGGCCAAGGCAGUGCGGGGAUUUCCCGUUGUUAUUAUCUUUCAUACCAUUUGUACGGUUUGUCUGUGGUUCAUGGCCUUCCAGGCGUCACAGCAAUCUAAUAAUCUGCUGCUUUUGGAAAAGUUGAAACGAGAGUUGGCAGAAGCACGGAAAGAAAAUGAAAGCAAGAAAAAGUCAUGAUGAUGGUACCGUAUUGCAAAGAGGAU